AUGCGUCAACCUGCAAUGCCCAUACGUUCACCCUUUGAGUCUUCCAUAGCGAAGCCGGGUCAAGGCAACGUCGUCCUCUCUUUACUUCCGCCCAAUAAUCCUACCCUCACAACCCUUACCUACAAAUACCCAUUGAAGCUGGUCCCGCGGGCACCAGGCUUCGUCCCUACCCCUGAGCCAGAUGCACUAUCAGAUUCUUGUCCAUCAAGGCCAAUCCAUCUCUAUCUUCUCACGUAUGGCGGCGGCCUGCUACCCGGAGACCAUAUCGAGGUCUCGAUCAAGCUGGAUCCAAAGACAAGAAUGGUGGUGACGACUCCGCAAGGGAGCACCAAGAUCUUCAAAACAGAGCCGAACAGCGACUCCGGUGUCAGUGUCAUCAAAGGACACCGAAAGAAAAUGCCUGCCAAUGACCACCUAUCAGAUAUGAGCCAGCAGUCAUUAGAUGUGCGCAUUGGGCGGGAAGCUGCUCUCUGCUACUUACCAGACCCAUCCGUCCCAUACAAAAACAGCCGCUACGCUCAAUUGCAGACAUUUACUGUCGAUGCAGCCGCAAAAGGCAAUCAGCGAAGCAGCUUGUGUGUGCUGGACUGGGUAACUCAAGGUCGUACGUCGCGCGGUGAGAAUUGGAACUUCCAUUUCUGGAAAGGCCGCAACGAAGUCUGGGCAAUGGAUGACAAGACUGGCAAAAGCCGGCUUUUACUGCGUGACUCAGUUAUCUUGGAUGACGAGAGCGAAGAUCUGGGUUCGGACUCCGAGAAUGAGAGUCUGGAAGCCAGCGAGGAAGCCGAGCUCAAAAGUCACUCCCUUCAUACCAACACACCUCCACAGCAGGCAGGUUUGGUGCCAUUGAACGUCAUUCAAGAACGAACACGCCCGCAUGGAGUCGUAGGCACGCUUAUUCUAUCUGGUCCUGUUUUUGAUAGCCUCGGUGCCUAUUUUAUGCACCAAUUUACCUCACAGCCGCGUAUUGGCAGCCGGAAUUGGUCCUCUACGUCCUCGUCUGCACCUGAACCUGCGCUUAGUACGGUGGGUGAUGUGACUUGGACUGCGGCUCGUGUGCGGGCAGGCUUUGUGUUAGUCAAGUUCGGCGCCAAGGACUUCGAAACAGCCAAGCACUGGCUCGGCGGUCUCCUUCGAGAAGAGGGGAGUGUCGCGCGUGAAUUUGGUGAAGAGGCCCUCUUCUGUCUUUAA